UUCAUAGUGUGUUUGACGUAACAGUCAUUACGCAAAGUUUUAAACACACCUAGGACUAUGAUGCAGGUGGAUUGUGGGGUUAUAAACAAAGCCUGCGAAACCGAAGAAGGGUUUGUUUAUUGUUGGGUGCGCUCAACUUCAGUGAGAGCGAGUUUAUUUGAAGCAGAGUCUUUUGGUUGGUAACUUACGCCUUAAAGUACCUACUAAGUGAAGACAGAUCCGUAGUGCCUGUGUCCUCUAGUGUACUCUCACCAUGGGCGUCGGGCAGUCUCUGGGGCUGCCCCAGGGUUCAGGACCCCAUCAAGUGGGCUGCACUGAUGUCAUGGCGGACCACACCAGAGAGGGGAGUUUUUUCCGCCUGUACUACCCCUGUAAGCCAGAAGAGGGCGUGGAGGAGCAUCCCCCAUGGAUCCCCAAGUAUGAGUAUGUUGUGGGGAUGGCAGACUACAUGAGCCUCAACAAGAGAUGGUGUGUCCCCCUGCUGAACCUUGCAUUCGGGUCGUUCCGGGUGCCUGUCAGCUGGAACGCUUCCGUGAUUCCCGGACGCAGGUUCCCGCUCAUCAUCUUCUCCCACGGCCUGGGAGCUUUCCGAACUCUGUACUCUGCCGUGUGUCUGGCGAUGGCUUCACACGGCUUCCUAGUGGCUGCAGUGGAGCACAGAGACCAAUCAGCCUGUGCCACCUACCACUACCAGAAGGGACCCCCAGAGUCUCCCCAUGACCCCCUACACGAGGAGUGGGUUCAUUACCGCAGACUGGAGCAGGGAGAGAAGGAGUUCAAACUGCGUAACUGCCAGGUUCACCAGCGAGUGGAGGAGUGUGUGCGGGCGCUGGACCUCCUGAGUGACAUUAACAGUGGGAAGAGCGUCCCUGAUACCCUGCAGUGUCACUUCGACCUGGCCAGCCUCAAGGACUGCGUGGAUCUGCAGCAGGUGGGGGUGAUGGGACACUCGUUUGGGGGAGCAACCUCUCUGGUGGCCCUUGUCAAGGAUGCCCGGUUCAGGUGUGCCGUUGCUCUGGAUGCCUGGAUGUUCCCCAUCGAGAAUGAACUCUACCCCCAGGUGAGGCGGCCGGUCUUCUUCAUCAACACCGAGAGCUUCCAGACCACAGACAGCGUGGACAAGAUGAGCCGCCUGCUCGCAGCCUGCAGCCCCAGCCGGAUCAUCACAGUGCUCGGGACGGUGCAUAAGAACCACACUGACUUCGCGUUCCUGACGGGGGCGCUGCUGAGCAGAUUUGUCGAGACCAGGGGCAGGCUAGAGGCCGAGAAGGCUCUGGAGAUCACCACCAGGGCGGCGCUAGCGUUCCUGCACAGACACCUGGAUCUGGAAGCCAACUUUGACCAGUGGGAUGCCCUGGUUGAAGGCAAAGGGGAUGAUGAUGUCAUUCCUAAUGCCCCUUCCUGCCUGAGCAGCCUAUGAGGGAGCACCUCUUCUUGUGAUUCCUCGUUCCUAUUGGUCACUCUUGAAAGGAUAGUCCCCAGCCUGUCUAUAUCACAGGCAGCCCUUGUUUCUGUGUGGAGAGUCAGCUCACUCCCUCCCCCUCAUGAAGACACACAGAAUUUGCAGUGAAAGGAUGCCACAGUCUGAGAUCAGUCCUGCUCAGAUUUACAGUGGAAUACAGUUCAGUGGUGUGUGUUUGCCACAUCAACUGGCUUUCCAUGCAAAGAAAGAAAUACGGUAGUUAGUGUAGCUUCAGGGACACAAGCCUCCUCCCCAUUGAAACCAGCUUUCAGCUGUUGAACUGUGUGAGCCUGUGGCAUCUGAUAGGACAUGAGUGGUUGACUAAGAGUUUUCAAUUGGUGACCCGCAAAUUGACAUUAAAACCUGCAGACCCGCGACAGUCAUUGUACAACCUGCAAAAGAAAUCUGAUGUGUAAGAUCACUGUGUGGGUGAUGUGUGUACCCUUCAUACACUGACGGGUUCCUAACUCAAGUUGCAAAUUAUAUCAUUUUAAACAUUGUAUCAUUUUAAAAAUUAUAUCAUUUUAAAUGAACCAAUGUUUUUGUUUUCUUUUGUUGAUUGGAAAGUGGACCACUCCUGCUGCAAUGGACUCCUUGGUUUCUAUUUGAAUUGUAUACUGGAGAAGAAUGUGUGCACCCUUGGAAUUGGCACACAGUUACACACCAGUCAACUCAUUUCCAAAGCAGCCCAACAGCUUCAGCAAAAGCAGGAGGCUUUAUGCCAACAGAUUUUUUUUUCUAUAUAAAGUUAUACUUCAAAUACCCUCAAAUCAACAAAAAGGGGCUCUUGAUAUAUUGCAUGGGAAUUUUUUUUUUUUUCUAAGUUGCAUUAUGGAUUGUGUGCUGUUUGAGCUACUGUUUGAGUACAAGCACAGAUUCAGUAGCUCUGCUAAGCUGUACUAAGGUUAGGCUUUCAUACAGCAUACAGCCCUCUCUUUUACAUACUGGCAUAGGAGAAAAUAUACAAAGAAAAACCUAAUGAUAAAACAUUGUGAUGCUAUUGCAUUAUUGAAAGUAUAUAUUAAUCAAUUCCCCCCUAAAAACAGUCGAUGGUGUUCAAUAGCACAGCUGGGCCAAGGUCAGUCUGGUUAAUGCAGUUCUGUUUUCUUUAUGGGUGUAACCGGCGCUAUUCACAGAACACCCACAAGGUGGUGCCCGUGCUCAAUCCCUUCUCUCUCAUGGAGACUUCAUUGGCUCUUUAGCCCAGGUGAUGUCAUAAUCCACCAGUCAGCAGACCUGUUUAGGAACCCUUUGGAGUUCUGAGAUAAAGAGAAAGAAUCUGCCUGCAGCACCUUCACCAGUUUGGACUGUAGCGUGCUCUGCAGGACUGAAUCUGUCUUAAUCCCUUCAUUCACUGUGGAAUUGGCUUUUUGUUGAUAUUGCAAUAACAACUAUAAAGAAAAAAAAACAUUAGAUCACAUAUCUCUUCUCCUUAUAUGUGCCAAAGAAUGUCCUAAAGUAGCUUGAUUAAAAUGAGAGAAGCCAUUCUCCAGGUAACUGAUCUAGGUAAAGAUGUGCAUCCAUCCCCACUGUAGCCCCAUCCCCAUGGCUGGAUAAUAAAUCUGUUUUAUUCUUCUUUAUUCUA